CACACUUGGUCAGCAUCUCCAUCAAAUGUCAAGUCCUGUCAAGCUCGUGAAUGGCGGCAAUUUCCGCUGGGUCAUUCUCCCGGGUUCGAACGAUUUGCUGCCGCGUACAAUUUCCAGAAUUUCCCCGCCAUUUCGUGCCCUAAACCCGAAGAACGUUUUCGUUAAUCAGAACCCUUACAUCCGACUCUGCCAUAGCAAUGCCGGAAUCGGCGCCACUGAUCCACUGAAUUCUGAAAGUGGCUUUUCCAAUCAUGAAAUGGAAGGUUCAAUGGAAAAGAAUGAAAGUAGUCAAAGACAUCUGCCGAAAUCGAACGCGGUACUGGAUAAAUUGAGGAGGUUCUACAUUGCACCAGCACCAGCGAAAAUGGGUUAUGUUGCUGCUGCUGGAAGAUUUCUAAAAAUAAUGGCUACAGUCUGUGCUGGAAGCCAAGUUACUAAGCUUGCAAGAGCUGCAGGGGCUCUGGCUGUAGCGCCAUUCGUUGACAGAGGGUUGUCAUGGUUCACGGUCAAAUACAACUUUGAGUCUCAGGGGAAGGCAUUCAUGGCUAUUGUUGGAUUCUGCUUUGGAUUGGCCCUCUUGUUAUUCAUUGCUGUGACUCUGCUUUCAGCAUAAGACAAGGUUUUUCCCUUGGGAAGGUUUUUCGAAAAUUUUGUUGUUUUCGAGAACGGGCAUGGCGAAGGAGGAAGGAGGGGAGAGAGUGAUGGUGAUCCAAGAUGGGAGCAGAAAGUUCAGUUGGAAUGCAGCAAUGGGAAUUGGAUGGAUGCUGAGGAGCUCUCAACUUAAGAAGGGAGAUGAAAUAAAACUCAUAGUUGUUCUUCAUCAGGUUAAUAAUCCUUGUAUGUAUACUUUGAUGGAAGCUCCAAUGUGUAAGAUUUCAUUCACCUUUUUUUUUUAUUUUUAAUUUCUUUGGGUCGGUUAGCGAGAUUCCUUAACCGCUGAGUUGUGUUCAAAUUUGAUACAAAAAGGGCUGAUUUAUAGAUAUAUCACUGAUUGACACCGGUUAUAUUAGUAAAUUUACUUGUAUGUAAUUCCUGUGUUUA